AUGGGAAAGGAGGUCAUGCCGUCCACCCACAGGUACAUGAAGGUGAACUUUGCUACCCGGAAGUCUGACAAGCAAGAGGUGGUGGUGAAGGUCCGCUUUAAGCCCAGCUGCUUCCGUAGCCGUCAGGAUGAGAAGAACUGGCGUCAAAAUACCGAGUUUUUGCUGAACCUGCCAGACAGUAUCGGCGUUGCAAGAAUCUACGAGGUGAUGGAGGAUCCAACGGCCUUCUACAUCGUGAUGGAGAAGGUCGAUGGCCUGGAUCUCUUCGAGACUUUGGAACACAUGCGGAAGAUCCCGGUGGCGACCACCCGGGAGAUCAUGCGUCACCUUUUAGAGUCCUUAGUCUUCUUGCAUGCACAUUGUGCAGUCCACAAGGCAGGCAUUUUCCUCGGCUUUGGAAAAUUUCCGUUUCACGAUGACAUGUUCGACGAUGAGGCUGGCGAGAAUUGGGUGGGCUCUCCCAAGAUGGCCCAGAUUCGGCGAAGGCUGAAGGUGGCCAAGGUGGACUUCUCCAAGGAAGUCUUCCAGGAGCAUGCCGACGCCUGCGAUCUCGCCACGAGCUCAGAGCUCCGGCAAAGCCCCGGCAGAGUGCUGAACGCUGUAGACAACUCCUUCAUCGCCGAGGUCAUGAGAAUGCUGGCGUACCAAGAGAACCAGAGACCAACAGCUGCAGCUGCACUGGAACAUCCCUGGUUUCAGGAGCUGAUUGAUGAUGGAAUUGUGGUCGGCGAGGUCCAAUAUGGAUAUCCAGCAGUGCAUGGGAAGUUCAACCUAUUUCCGGAGUCGACGCACAAUGAAAGGUCUUCCAAGGACGGUUCUGCUUUGGAAGGGCACGGUGGGAAAGGUUUUGGCGCACCAUUUUUGCUGGGCUUUAAGCAUCACAAUCUUGCAUUUGGCGUGAUCAAGAAAGUUUUGGCUUACCAACGCUGCCUGCUAAUCGCCAAGAACUGUCGCGUAUUGAGCUGGCCCGAGCUCGAGGCGCGUUUGCCAUGUAGCCAAGUCCCGGAGCCGCAGAUCAUUGACUCGGUGCUGCAGCCGAAGAAGCCAGAGUUGAAAGGCCUCGUGCUCUUUCGUGAGAGGAAUGGUUGGUGCCCUUAUUCUGAGCGCGUAUGGCUGGCUUUGGAGGCCAAAGGCUUGGAUUACACCACAGUGUUGGUGGACAACUAUGGCUCACGAGCAGCCUGGAUCGGUGGACAAACGCCCCAGCUGCAGUGGCCAUCAGGAAAACGGCAGGGAGAGUCAUUAGACAUCAUCAAGGCCUUAGACACCUGGCAGACCACGACAAAUCGAUCGUGCCUGUCACAAGUGGUUAAUCAGGCAUAA